AGGCGUGGCUCGUUAUGCAUGCACGACGAAUGGAUGGACAAGUGAAAAGUGAAACUACACAAUAAUACAAGAUGGCCCGUGGCUCCUCUUUCCUUCGUUUCUUUGAGCCAAGUGUGGACCCCUCCCUUGUUGACGAUACUGAUAGGCUCAUCGACUUCCUUAGUGCUUCAGAACGUCUUCCUCGUCUCCUCAGCAGAAAGGAUGACAGAGGAUACACCUUACUGCAUUAUGCAGCAGAAAGAGACAGACCUGAGUCACUUAAGAUACUACUAAUAAAUGGAGCUGAUCCUAAUAUUCGGACGUCUCAUAAUUCAUUUGAAAUUACUCCGUUACACAUAGCAGCUGCUAAUGGACACUUGGACUGCCUGAAGAGACUAGUAGAGUCAGGAGGUGACCCUCUCCUUAGGGACAGCAAGAACAGGCUCCCCCGCGACCAUGCACAGGGUAACAGGCAAGAACUCUGUCUUGAGUACCUCCAAAAGGAAAGCGCUGAACGUGUCCAACAUGAAACUGAAGAAUUGCAAGAGGUUCUAUUAGAUGUUUCUGAAUAUCUUGAAGCUGGGGAUUUUGAGUCAUUAUUCAACUAUGACAAUUUCAAUAAAUCGUUUCCUCUUGAUUCUUCUAAACCAACACCGACCACACCUGAGGACAACAUUAUUGAGAGACAUUGUAACCUUCUCAAUAACUCGACACUGGUCCAUAGUCUAAGUCGUUUCACGCGUGACUUCCCUAUAUCCUUACAUUAUGUGACGAUCCUCCAUGCUGCAGUACAAUACAAUCACAUAUCACUCGUUUCAUUUCUAGUCUCCAACUAUCCUUCACUCCUCACCCAGCCCUCCAGUGAAGGAUACACUGCACUCCACGUUGCUGUAUCCCACAAAUGCUUUGAGAUAGUACAGAUACUGACCGAGGCAUACAUGAAUAUUUAUAGGCAGCGGAGCAGUAGUGUCGCUUUAGCAAUGGGCGGAGCCAACCCUCGUAUUAGAGCUCCGCCUUCUGAAGCUCCAUUGCUGUUCUCCCCUACUAAUACUGGCCAUACUCCUCUUCAUAUGUCAGUUGCUCUCUGCGAAAGAGAAAUAACCUUGUUAUUCUUAUCUCAUGCUAAGCAGCUCUCGCUCUCUCUUGAGGGAAGUGCGUGUGGCUACACUGCCCUUCAUUUAGCAGUUCAUUUCAAUCAACCGGAAAUGGCAGCACUUCUACUGAGCAAUGGGGCUAAUCCUAAUGCAACUCUAGCUGGGGAGAUGGGAGGUCUUGCCAAAAACCCACUGGCCGAAGCAGCUAUCAAUAACAAUCCACUAAUGAUAAGGACUUUAGUUAGCUACGGGGCAGAAGACAGGAGACAUGAUGCUCUUAAUUACGCUCUCUCUCAGGACAUGACGCAGCCUAAUGGACUCAAGGCUGAAGUGAUACCACUCCUUUUUGGUAGUCUUGUCAAAUGUGAUGAGAAUGCCACAAAGACUCUGGCACAGUCUCGUAAAGAACCUCGCUCUCACAGACACAAGAUGGCCGUUGUAGAGUGGAACGGACUAGAUAUGACAGAGUUCAAGCCGGAGUGGUUCUACGACAGUCUCAACACUUGCCCUUUGUUUGUGUCACAGUCACUCACUGAGAACCUCUGUUUGAAAUUUAUCAAUCGCUUAAACAUCUCAAAGAACAAACUCACUUUCGUUCCAAUUGAGUUCUUUCGUCUCCAAAACCUCACGACGCUUAACUUAUCCCAUAAUUGCCUUGGAGAGCUUCCUGAUGUUGUUCCUAUGGCAACUGAUUCAACAACCCCUACCUGGCCUUGCGGGAGUUUAAACAAACUCGAUAUCUCUCACAAUCAGUUGAAGGAACUGCCAAUUUAUUUAUUUGAGCUCCCCCAGUUGUCAAUACUUGAUGCCAGUCACAACCAGUUGACGGCUCUCCCAGUUUUAAUGUGGAGUGCUCCUAAAUUGAGUUCACUGAACUGCUCUCAUAACACCAUACAAGAGAUACCGACUAACCUGUCUUACGUGAUGGAGAAUUAUGAUAUUAUUGAUAUAGCAGGGGCUAAUGGUCCCCCUGGGGCUAGUGUGACAUCUCCAACACAAACAUUGAGUGGUUUAUCUAGUCCAAGGAGUAAAGCCAGCACUAGGCGUGUGUCUACUGAUCCUGCUGGUGCAUCCAUUGUACAGUCGUACUCUGAUAAUUGUUUUACUGAUGAUUCCAGUCGCACUACUGAUGAUAACAUGAUCACACCGGAUAAAGUCCGUCAGACGAGACUCUACGAUCGUUUGAACGUCUGCAACGCUAACCUCACCAUUGAGUGGGAUGCGUUGGAAGGAAAGCAAGAAAUAUUUGACGGUCUAAAUAAUCUUAAUUUGUCCCACAACGAAAUAAAAGUGAUCCCGAGUAAUCUACCUUGUCUUUGCCCAAAGCUAACUCGUCUUGAUCUCUCUCACAAUGGGAUAUCAGAUCUUGCUCUGCCACGAGCUGUCCCUUCCAAUUUAAAGCAAUUGAACGUGUCGCAUAAUGACAUAUUGAGACUGGAUAGCUACAAGAGCCGUGUUGAACAACUACCUUGUACUAACCCUAAGACUCUUAUCAAUUCUGGUGGUACCAUAUAUCGUGAUCCUAGUAAGCCAUUCUGCUCCCAUCGCUCACACAAUCACCUCAUUUCACUUGCUGUCCUUGACGCAUCUCACAAUCAAAUAGCUGAUGUCAAACUAUACAGCCCUGUUCAUCUGGUGAGUGAUAGAGGUGGUAAAAUAAAAGUGACCGAUAUCCCACUGUUUGCUGCUCUUGCUUCCGCUAGUGGUCAGAGUCAGGAUCGCGUGAGGCAACUUGCCAAACUUGCUUGUCCACUACUCACUCGACUCGUACUACAUCACAAUCAAAUUGCUGAAGUUCCUCCAAGCGUCUGUGACAUGACUUCCCUCAAUUCCGUUGAUCUCAGUUGGAAUAAUAUAAUUGAGCUCCGCCCGUCACUUGGUAAACUAGGCAAUCUGUGGGAAUUCCCACUAGACGGUCUUCAGCUCAUAUCUCCGCCACAUAAUAUCAUUGACAGGGGAAAGACCAAAGACAUUAUUGGUUUCUUGUGGUCACUCCUGCAAAGAGCCAGGCCGUAUCACAGGAUGAAACUGAUGCUAGUUGGUAAAGCUGGUCGAGGUAAGACCACAUUACUUAGGAAGAUAUCAGAGAAAGGACAGAGUGGAAUUCAAGAGAACCUGUUCCUUACUAGAAUGAGCAGUGAUGCCAAGAAGUUUCAAAAGGAUUUAUCAACAGUCGGUAUAGUAGUCAGUGACUGGACUUAUACCACUAAACAUCAUUCCGACCAAACACAGACUGGCCUCAGGAACAUCACUUUCAUGACUUGGGACUUUGGAGGACAAGAGGAGUAUUAUGCCACUCACCAGUGCUUCUUGUCAAGAAGGUCACUCUAUCUUGUAGUGUGGAAUGUGACUCAUGGAAGGGAAGGAGUGCUGGAGUUAAAACCAUGGCUACUCAACAUACAAGCUCGUGCCCCUAAUUCUCCUGUGAUUAUUGUCGGUACUCAUUAUGAUAAAGUAAAGAGAUCACAGCGUCACUUAGUUACUGAGAAUGUUGAGCUUAUCAAUCGAUUGUACGGAUCAGGAUCAAGACUAAUGCAUCGUCAGCAUGGUUUCCCUACCAUUAUGUAUAACGUAGUGGUUAGCUGUACUUCAGGUAGUAACAUUAACGACCUUAGAGACAAGAUAUUUGACGUUGCAUGUCAAGUCAAGGAGAACACUGUUACUGGGCGGGGCAUUGGGUGUGGUCGUAUACCAGAGUAUCGUUUAUUAAUGGAUCAGUUGGUUCCAGCCUCUUACCUUCAGCUGGAGGAUUCUGUUAGAAGUAUUGCAUUGACACUGAGGUUGUUGGGUAAACCACCUGUACUGACAUACAAAGAAUUCAAGGAGUACGUAUUUGGUGAUGCUCGUACUUUAGUUAGUCGUGAUGUUGGAGACAGAGAACUUGAGCAAGCCGUUAGGUUUCUGCAUGACAAUGGGACUCUCCUUCAUUACGAUGACCCUCUACUCAAGGAACUAUACUUUGUCGAUCCACAGUGGCUGUCGGACAUGUUGGCACACAUUGUCACAGUGAGAGAGAUCAAUCCUUUUGUUAAAGAUGGUAUAAUGAAGAUUAAAGACUUUACGCUUUUAUUUAAUGAUAAGGACUUCCCCAUUCACUGGCAGAAGCAGUAUCUUCGUCUCUUGACUACAUUCGAAGUAGCUGUGGAGUUCAAGGAAGGAAAACUACUCAUUCCUUCUCAUCUACCUGAACUCAAGCCAGCACUCUCUCACUGCUACCCUCCAGAGAAUACUGUGUAUCUUCCUCCAUUGAGGCACACGUAUUUGUUAGCGUUUGUUCCAAGUGGUUUUUGGCCUCGUCUUAUGUCACGUGUCCUUAGUGAUCCAUCAAUUAUGAGAUUAGCACAAGUUGGGUGUGGUCUCACUGAUGAAGAGUGCCGCCUUCUAAAGUGGACUAAAUGGAGGACUGGUAUGAUCCUCAGGUUUGGCAAUGUUACGUUGCUCUCGAUGGAAGAGUUAUCUGGCAAAUUGUUUACUGGAAAUGGGACAAAAAUGGCUAUCAUGAAGGAUGGGGGUAGGUGGGAGGAACAUCCCCUGGACACUACUGUGUACGGAGUCAAUGUUGAGGUUCCAGAUGUGUUUCCACUCCUUCGCUAUGCUGAGCUUAAUCCUAAUCGCAUACGUAUUGUACAGCGGAGCGGCUCAACUGGCCAGCAGGAGGAAGAGGGAGAGGAGCAAGAGGAGGAGAGAGUGAGAAGACCUAGACAACACCUUGGUGACAUUACUGAGGAUCCAAGAGAAAGGAGCUUUAGUGAUAGUAUGAGGACACCUCCAACUCAACCUCCUGCUGCUAGUGGUAGUAGGAAUAAGAGGUGGACCAUAUCCGAGAAGGUUGGAUCUAUAGCAAGGAAAGUUAGAUCAUAUACCAAUAUAGCAGACAUCAAUGACUCACUGACACUGCCACCAACUAGUUCUGUUUCUCAGAGCCCAAGGGUUGCUAGUGGCUUUGUUGUCCUUCCCGAUCACCAUAGCAAUAGCUCAAGCAGUGAUUCUGAGGAUGAGAAGAAGGACAAGGAGGAGGAGGAGGGAGAGAGCACAGGAGGCAUAGGAAGAGUGAGAGGAGUACUGAGGAAAGAAGAGAUACAGACACAGUUUGAGGAGUUGAAAAAGAAAAGAGCACAUGGACAUCAUCCUGGAGCAAUCUGGAAUAAUGAUUUCAAUACAAUGAGCAGCAAUGGACCACCAAAACUAACAGAAGAGAACAACGACAGAAUGAGAGCUGGUCUACUUUCAAAAGUAGUGGAUCACAUUACCCUCUUGGUUGAGGAUUGGUUCACUGGCGUAAGACCAAGGUUUCUCGUUGUACCUUGUCCUCACUGUUCUCACGGACUGACAGGUCCAACACAAGGCAGUGACAGAAUACCAUUCCUACGAUCUUUUUCAAUUAAUCCACAAGUCCGCCCACCAAAUGAUUUGGUGGAUAGCUCAUUUUAUCCUUAUUCUGCUCCAACUCAAGCUCAUAUUGCUAGUACCAUCGCCUCUCAAAGUUCUGUUCCUCAGCAGCGUAGUAGGUGGGGCUGGGGGCGUGGUCAAGGAGCAUCACCUGUCCCUGCCCCUACUCCAACUCCCAAUGUAGUGUUUUAUGCAUUCCAGUAUGAGGAGUGUGUCGUUAGGGCUAGAGAUGUCCCUUAUGUGAAGUGCCCUGUCCACGGAGAGCUUCCAUUGGAGUACAUUGCACCAGAUACUUUGUUCUUAACUGAAGGUCGUGAUGUGCUCCUCCAACCUGAUGAAGUGCUUAAGAAGGAGCGAUUGGGACGUGGUGCUUUUGCUACUGUUUAUCAUGCACAGAUCAAAAGAAAACUACCCAAUGGUCAAAUUCAUUUUGAGGAUGUUGCCAUCAAGGCACUAGGCAAUAAAGGGGAGGAUCUUGAUGAUGAUGAUGAUGAGGACAUCAGUCUUGACGAGGAAGAGGAGAGACCUGGAGGAGAUGAUGAGUAUGAUGGAGAGAAUGCAAGGGAACCUCCUCCAAUCCAAAGAUCUGCCAUUAUUUCCGGAUUCAAUAAUUUAAAAAAAGAGCUCUCGAUUCUAUCUCCGCUGCGUCAUCCUUACAUCAUACAACUGUUUGGUGUGUCUGCAAGGCCAUUAGGACUAGUACUUGAGCUGGCACCUAAAGGAAGUUUAAAGUCAUUGCUUAAAGAAUAUUCUGAAGCUCAAACUCACAUUCAAUCAUCAGCUAUGCAAGCAGUCACAUUGCAAAUCAGUGAUGCAUUAAAGUAUUUGCACGAUUUAAGGAUCAUAUAUCGUGACUUGAAGAGCGACAACGUUCUUGUGUGGCAGUUCCCCAGUCCUUAUGAUGUACUAGUACCUGCACUACCUGUUCAUACUGAUGUAGUUAAAGUGAAGCUAUCAGAUUAUGGUAUAAGCCAGUUUGCAUCAACACAAGGUGCUAAAGGGCUAGUAGGUACACCAGGUUUCAUGGCUCCCGAGAUACUCAUGUAUUACGGGAAGGAAGCCUACAAUGAGAAAGUUGACAUAUUUUCCUUUGCAAUGUUGAUAUAUGAGAUGAUAACAUUCAGACUUCCAUUUGAACACUUGACACCAUCCCAAGCUAAUCAGGCAAAUGAAAAUGGAGCUAGGCCUACACUUAAGAGAAUAGAUCUUCCUUGUCCUGUUCUAAUAAGAGAGCUUAUGGUUUGGUGCUGGCAGCAAUCUGAGGAGCUUCGUCCAACAGCCUCUCAGAUAACAAAGGUCUCUCAAAUGGACCAGUUCCUUAGACUAGCUGAUGCCAUCAGAGUUAACAACUUUGGAAGCCAAGUUGCUGGUUCAUGUUAUCGCAUACUCAAAUCUCCAGUUUUUAAGCCAAGCCUAACUCCCCAUACACCAGGACAUCAUUCCUUCCCUUUUGUACCUUCACUAAAAUCACAAGGAGCUUCCCCUUUAAGGACUAGUAUUAAAGCUAGUAGCAUCCCUACCAAUGAAACCGGCAGCCGUGCAGCUGUAUCAAAUCAACCUCAAUCAAAGAUUGAUUCAAAUCCAAAUCAAGUUGACAUUAAUCCCAAAGAAGAAGGAUUGCUAUCAAAAGCCUGCAAUGAGUCUGGGCAUAAUCUAAUGUUUAACAGCACUGAGAAGCAAUUGCUGGAAGCAGCUGCUGAGAUAAGAGCUAAUGAGACUAGUCUACCAUUGACUGAGGCACAGAAUGUCAUUGAAGAUCUUGUGUCUCCUAUGAGUACUAGUAGUGCAUCUUCUUCAGUUCACUUUAAACCUCAGGCUUAUGUGACUGAAGAAGGAGAGUCUAAGCACAGGAUACCACCUUCUCUUCAGAUCCUCCCGGACAUAGGAGAGGGAGAAGAGAGGGAGAGAGAGGGGGAGGAGGAUAAUCACAGGUUUUAUCAAGUGUGGGUUGUCUCGUCGUCCAAUCACAACUCAGUUGCUACUGUUGUUGAUUAUUGUGGACAAUUUAUGAAGAUUGAGGAUGUUGAUUUGGGAGACUCGCCUGUAUUAGCCAUUUCAAUGGUGCACGAUAAAGUUUGGAUUGGAUUUGAGAUCGGAUACCUUUGUAUCUAUGAUGCUGACACACACAACACACUAGCACAGGUAUGGAUUAGACGUGGUAUAGCAGUUCAGAGUAUAGCACACAUCCCACAGUUAUCACAGGUGUAUGUUGGAUUAGCCAAUGGUACUAUACUCUCCUACAGUGACAUCAUUACUCCUAUUUCUAACGACGAUGACUCUGUACCACUCAUCGCUACUCAUCUCACGCCACUCUCAACGUACAAGGAGCCAAACGAGAUAUGCCCAGUGAUAUUACCUAUAAUGGUAAAGCCUUGGAAUGAAGAGGAGGGUAGAGAAGAAGAGGGUAUUGCCUUUCAUUUAUGGGUCGGACAGAAGAACAAGUCUAUUACUGUACUAAAUGCCGAGGAUCUGUCUAUCGUCGAUUUUCUUGACACUCCUGAUGAUACAACCCCGUGUCCCAGCUAUCUUGAUCAAGUCCCUUUUUACUACUUGACCUCUUCGGUCUCACCUAAAGACAGCGAAGACUCUGAGUCUAUUCUCUUGAGAGAGGAUGCCUUGGAACCAGUUUGGGUUUACGGUGCAUUGAGACAUGGUCAGUUUGUUACAGUCUGGGACGGAGCCUCAAGAAAGAUAAAGACAUGCUUUAAUGUGCUGGACCUCCUACCUCACUGGAAAGAGGAUGCUAUGCCAUCAGUGAGUGCCUUAUACUGUAGUAGCUCUUAUAUGUACAUUGGACUGGUUACUGGUGAGAUACUUGUGCUCGAUCACCUCCACCUCUCUCUCCUCACUACCCUCCAUUGUCAUCGGUCAAACGUUCACAGUUUCCUCUCAAUUGACUUGAGGAAGCUGUUGCCGCCACAGCAAGAGUAUCAAGGACUUGGAGCCAUGACCCCAACUGUAUAUCCGUCUCACCCUUUCCUUACUAAUAGUGAUCAGUCUGACGUCAAGUAUAAGACCGGCCCACUUCAACUCAUGAGCUUUGGCACUGGUUUUAGGGCGUAUUAUGAAUCGAACGAUACCAUUGAUUAUACGAAAUCUUCUUUCCUGUUGGUCUGGGAGGCUGCUGGAUGGGGAAAGAAUGUUUUGUCUCAGGAAAAGCGGCAAGACUGAUAAUAAUUUAUACUUUUAUAUGUUUUAAUGUGUGCUCAUUUUUGUGUGAAUUUUUUUUUACAAUUUUUUAUUGCAAAAAUUGUUUUAAGAACUGAGCACGCCGCAUGGCAAUUACAACA